GGGUCACCAUGGGCCAGCAGGUGGCGACCCCCGGCCCGCCGGGAGCAGAGGAGCGCUCCGCCCAGGCCACCGUUGUCGCGUGGCGCCAGUACCGCCAGGCGUGCGAGCUGCACCUGCGCCUGGCCCCGCCCCCGGCAGGGCCCGUGUGCAACCGCAGCUUCGACCUGUACGCGUGCUGGGGCGACGCUGUCCCCAACAGCACGGCCACUGUCCCCUGCCCCUGGUACCUGCCCUGGUACCACCGAGUGCAGGGCGGGCUGGUGGCGCGGCGCUGCGGCCCCGACGGGCGCUGGGUGACCGACGACAGCGGCAGGACCUGGCAGGACAACUCGCAGUGCGAGGACCUGGCGCAGGUGACACCGCUGGAG